UACGCAAGACCUAAAUACUGUAAAAUUAACAAUUUGCAUUUGACCGAAGAAUUCUGGGCAGCUUUUAUAGUUUACGAUUUUAAUUGGCGAAUUUUUCGGAAAUUGGGCAAUUAUUGCUGAACAAAACAAAACAAGUUUUCUGCAAUCGCUGUGCGAAGAUUUAUAUCGUAGCUCUGGCCGGAAUCUAUUUUCUACUUGCUCGUGAAGUUUUAAUGCAAUGAAUCCUAUGCGAUCGACAACUUUCCGGAGCGGUGAGGAGUCAAGAUCAACACGUAAUGAAGAUCACAAUACUUUUACAGUUUUACGUUCAAGAACCGAAGAAGAGGAGCAGAGGCGCAGACGAGAAUGGCAACGCCAGCAAGAGCGAGAGAGACAACAUGAAAAAUUGAAGCAGCAAAAAAUUUUAGAAUAUGAAAGGAACCGUGCACAAGCUUUAAAAUAUGCUGAGGAAAUCACCUCGCAUCAUAGUCAAAGUAAAAGUGGUAGUGAGUCUCCCUCGCAUGUUCGGUACAGAGAUAGAUCUACAUCAACUGCUUCCAAAUCUGGUAGCCUUCAUGAAGAAUUAGAUGGGUCUACAAGUGGAACAGUACCUUUAUUUAGAGGUCCUCAGAAUGCACAGAUUGAUACUUCGGAACUACGUCGAAUUAAAGUUGAUAUUCAUAGGAAUAUUCCUGUAAAAGGACCUGUUACCGAAUUAGAAAGGGAUAUACUUAAUCCUGAAGAUGUGAUCGUCAAGAGAAGAGAGGGUAAAGAAUUGACUGUAUCUGCAAUAAUAAUGAUGUAUCUCUAUUGUAUCAAUAGCAUAAAAGGUUUGAUAUAUAAGCACUAGAUUGAUGCAUCGAUAGGUUUAUUCUUUACAUCUAUGAAGACUUUACUAUCUAAAAAAAUUGAUAAUGAACUCCCUGAAGACGACAAGCAAGAGAAAUACUUGUAAUAAUGAUGAACAUUGCAAAUCUGAUUCAAGACAUUUUUCGACACAGGAAGAGUAUUUUAUCCAUUAUUUUCAACCUGGGGUUUUUUUCACAAGAGAUAUAAGGUGUAAAAUAUAUAUUGAUGCAGGAAUUUAGAAUGUUUUCCUGAAGGGAUAUUAUGUCACAAAUCGAGAAGAAUAUUCCUGUAAAAAGACCGAGCACAAGCGUAGCAUGGAGGACAGCGCGUGAGUCUACCAUGCUUGGUGACUCGAGUUCGAUCCCAGAAAUUUUCUCGUGCUCAUAGCUCCUCUUCGGCGGUCUUGCAAACCACCAACAAUACUUAUUGCCAGGAACAAAUCCCUUAACAUUGCUAUUCGGAACCGGCAAUAAAUUGUAGGUUCCGUAUGUCUGUACAACCGCAUUCGUACGCACCACGGGCAUACGUAUGAGAG